CAUCCACACACACAACCCCCGCAUUUUUCUCUCCUCCUAUCUCCUGGGCACUUGGAGCCAAGCCCCUGUGUCUCGGCGCUUACCUAUACCUUUUGCAUUUCUUUUCCUUGGGUUCGGGUGCUGCGCCUGUUCUACGCCCGCUCCUUCACAGUACUUAGUGUACGCGAAGCAGCAGCGAAACCCACACGAAGAUUCGCGGGACCACGCCAGUAAUAUUCUACCAUCCAUCACAAUGGCUGCCGUUAGUCGUCAACCGUUUGCUCCCCUUAAUGAGGGGAGGUUGUCGGGACUGACGAGUUUGAAGAACAGACAGAAUGCCCUCUCUACCAAGAGGAAGGCCGCUGAGGUUGAUCCUCUCGACGAUGCCGAAAAUGUUGACCCCAGCAUGUUCUCGAAGCGGGCAAAGUCCUCGCACUCCAACAUCAUGAAGCCUUCCCAGUAUGUCCUCAAGAAGGCCAGCACACCAGUCAUCUCUCUCGGAAAGAGCAUUCUCGGCAACACAUCCACCCAACCCAGGCAUAUCCUCCAAGCCAAGUCUCAGCAGAUUCGUCUCAACACUCGCAUUGCCACUCCCACAACUCUCACUGCCCCCGCCGGCCGAUCCCCCAUUCGCGGCUCCAAAAAGGGCGGUAUUCUUUCCAAGCGCCGCAUCCAGCGCGUCGAUCCCCCCUCAUUUGGAGGAGUUUCUGCACCUUUUUCCCUCGAUGCCGCUCUCAAGGGUACCAUUCCCAGCUAUUCCGGCGGCCUUGGCGAGACCAAGUCAACAAAAUCCACCACCACCAAAACCGAAUCACUCACCCCCUCAACCAUGAAGUCUGACUGGUUCUUCGACAUCCACGAAGAUACUCCCGAGCAGGAAAUGACCAACCUCCUGCAGCAUAGCACCUGCGUCCUCGACAUCAGCAGUGACGAAGAAACCGAAAAGCGCGAGACGCUCGAGUGCGCAGAGGGACGCGACAAGGAGAACGUGCCGCCUACCGAUGAUGUCAGCCAAACCCAGUCCGCACGGACUCCUUCGACACGAGGUGCGAAUUCGAAUGCAGGUUCGGAUGCGGAUGACAUGAUUGUGGAGAAGAACAGGGGUCCGUUGCAGGAGAUGGACAGUCAAGAUUUCUGGCCUGAGGGAACGGAUGACGAAGAUUUCUUUGUGGUGCCCGGAGAUGAGGAUGACGCUGCUGCUACUGUUGCUGGUCCCGAGGUUCUAGGCGACAAGGCAGGAGACAGCCAAGAGAAGCAACACGGCGACAUUCCCCAGAUUUUCGUCGACAACUUUGAGGAUGACGAAGCCGAUGAAGCCGAUACCAGCUCUUGCAGCGACUCUGACGAUGUGGACAGCGUCGAUGGCAUCAUGGGCGUUCACGACGGACCGGUCAAGGCCGCGGUUUUGGAGCCGAUUGAGGGCACGGGUGAGAGCUUUGAGCUCUGGGAGAGCGAGAGCGCAAAGGACCAGCAGAGCGUGCCGUCCUCGCCUGCGCGUGAGGGUGUUUUGGGGGAGGUGGAUAUUGCUGAAUGCUAGUGGUUUUGGGAUGAAUCCUCUUCUGUUGUUCGUUAAGUCGAGCAACACCUUCAACGCUUGUCACGACAUCACCUGAACAUCAUCAUCGGAAAACCUUGAUGGAUGGAUCAGUAUAGUACAUGUCUAAAACAGUGGUCCCUAUCAUGAGGGGCAGGCGUCCUCAGAAGCUGGGGCUGAACGUCAAGGC